AUGUACUUCAACUCUAUCGCUCUCACCACCGCCUUGCUGGCAGGAUCCAGCAUGGCCGAAAUCGUCUGGGAUGGUCGCUUCACCGACAAGUCUGCCGCAGAAAUCGGUGACUGGUCAUGGAACAACCAGGUUGGCGCCUACCAAUACUACAUCCACGGAUCUGGUGCGACCGCCGACUACAUCAAUAUCAGCCCUGACUAUGCCAACCUUGCCGACUCCUCAUCCUCGGAUGGUGCCCGCAUUACCGUCGAUGGUACCUCCUCAUGGAACGGCCAGACCAUGAUGCGUACCGAGCUCAUUCNNCCUUCCACCAAGGCCGCUAUCAACAAGGGCAAGAAAUACUACCACUUCAGUCUCAAGCGUGGCACCGAGAAUGCUCCCGACACCACUGCCGAGCACCAAAUCGGCUUCUUCGAGUCCCACUUCACCGAACUCAAGUACGGUCUUGAUGGCAGCGACGGAAAGCUGCAGUGGAUGGCCGAUGGCAAGGCUCAAUUCGACAUGGACUUCGAAGCUGAUGUUUGGCACAAUGUCGCCUAUGGUAUUGACUUCGAUGCCAGCACCGUUGAGUUCUAUCACUCCACUGGCGCUGAUAAGUUGGUGUCCAAGGCUGGUCCUAUGAAGGCCUCUGUCAGCUCCAACGGUGCUGAUUGGCACGUUGGUGUGCUCAAGUUCUCCAAGACCAAGGAGGAUUGGUUCUUCAGCAGCGUCUACAUCGAAGACGGCGAGUUGACUACUUCGAUCUCUGCUUCUGGUGGUGAUGCCCCUGCUAAGGCUUCCUCUGCUCCUGCUGCCUCUUCUGCCACUGCCGUCUCUUCCAAGGCUCCUAUCGUCGCACCAACAACCCAGGCCACCUCUUCCAAGGCUUCUUCUUCUGCUGCCACCACUAUCAAGAGCUCCGCUAGCGCUGUACCCACUACUUUGCAGACGAUGACUAAGCCCACCUCGAGCGUCGCCUCAGUCGUCUCUUCGACCGCUACUGCCGAGACUGCUCUCCCUACAACUGAUGACGCUGGCUGCACUAUCGAGUAUGUCUACGUUUGA